UAACAGCUCGCUGUUGGCAGAGGAGCUUGGAGUUGGGAGAGCUGUGGAGACUACUACUUUUUGUAUGGCUCUCCGUCAGAUCUAACGACAUGUCUUCUGCAGAGCAAUGUUUCUGGUUUGUACGCAAGGUGAUAUGCUGGAGAGCUGCAGCCAGUAUUGCUUGGUCUGCGCUGCUUUUGCCACCCACCGCAGCUGUCUUUGUAGUCCUUGGCAGGUUUAGUCUUUUCCACCCAAGCCAGUGGCUAUCAGACUGUCUGUCCUUCUUAACAAGUCCUAGUGCCAUCCUCUCCUUCAUCCCAUUAUGUGGCGUGAUCGUCUUGGUUGGGUUCCUCAACCUGAAACACUACACAGUGAUCCCAUCGAUUGCAUGCUCAAAAUUUGCCCUUCUGGGUCAGCUGCUCCAUCCUCAUCAGUUUGUCCACUCUCUGGUCCACUGUCUCAUGGGGUUAAUAGUGACCUGGUGUUGUGCCAUCAUUAUUGGCGGUAGAUAUCAGACACUCAGCUAUUCUUGCACACAGGGCAAUAGUGGCCCUCAGAUGUGCCUUAAUGAGUACCACCUUAUCCUGCUGCUGGCAGGUGCUUUCAUUGGCUGUAGUCACAGUCUGUUGGGUGUGGUCCACAACAUGAAUUAUGUCUCCUUCCAUGCCGUUCAGCAAUACAAGUACCUUCAUUUUAAGGGAACCUUGCCCUUUGUGUUGAAAUGCAGCGCCACUCAAGCCCUUUACUCAAUCCGGAGCUACCUUGUUGUUUAUUUCUUUUUGGGAUAUAUUCCAAAAGCGUGGCUCUGCAAAACACUCAACCUUCAGUUAAACAGCUCUCUCCACCCUCUGGACACUAUAGCUGGACUCCUGGACCUCUCCCUGCUGUACCACCUUUGGAUCAGCGGCACCUUCCUUCUCCUCACAUGGUAUAUCACUUUGCAGCUGUUCAGGAUAUUUGUCACUGAGGUGUACAGUUUUCCUAUGCAGUCAUCUUUUACCGAAGAUGCCCACCUGUGUCUUCCCAAAGUUCUCGCUUGCAAGCAACCAAUGAUAAUGAAGUUUUUAGCUCUACAGGAUUUGGCUCUGCUCUCUGAGCACUGUCCGUCACGACGCGGAGAGGUCUUCAGUCUCAGUCAGCCAGGUGGCCACCCAUACAACUGGAAUGCCAUUAGUCAGGAGUGUUUGUCUCUCCUGGCUGACCUGACCCAGAGGCUUGUAGUACACCAUGACACCGUAACGGCCAACGCCGGGGCCAACGUCCUCUCUGCUGGCAGCGAUAAGAAGUCUUCCUCGUCUGACAGUUCAGCAGAGAAACAUGUGACACCCCGGCUUGGUAUCAAAACCCCUGGCUCAGUCUUCAUACGUUCCCCAAUGGGGGGCCUUCAGAGCCCUAUGACGGCCCCGUUCACUCCCGACCUGGGCAGUCCCUUUUCCUCCCCAGCCAUUUGGCGUCUCACCGCCGCCCCAGAACCUUUCUCGCCUUGGUACGGCACAGUGCAGAGCCCACAAGUCGUGAGGAGGGGCCACAAACUCUGGUCAGCCUCCACAGAUUCACAGACCAAUGGCAGCCUCCCACCAUCCCCUGCCGCAAUGCCCAGUCCUGUGCCAGCAGCCUCCAAACCUAGCCUCCUGGCUCAGUUCCUCCAGAACAGGAAAGAAUGGGUUAGAAAUUUCUUGGCAAAGCGGGUACUGAUAAUGUAUUUAUUUAACAAGCUCCCAGAAGCAUCUAAUCACGCCCUUUUUGCAGACAGCCAAUCUCACAUUUGGGCAUUAGAAGGGCUAUCUCACCUGGUAAAAGCCUCCUUCUCAGAGGACCGGUACGGCAUUGUACAGACUACACUACCCAGCAUUCUCAGCACUCUGUUGGUCCUACAAGAAGCAGUGGACAGGCACUUCAAGUUGCCUCACGCUUCCAGCAAAUUGGUCAAGCCAACCUACAGCAUGGGAGACUCGACUUAUAAAACGCUGCGCUUCGCUCUCAGGGCUACUCUCAAGACCGCCAUCUACAGGAUAACCACCACCUUCGGGGAACACUUAAAUGCCGUACAGAUGUCUGCUGAGCAUCAGAAGAGAUUGAAACGGUUUCUGAAGUACGAAGACUGACACCUCCAGUCGUGGUGUUUGUGUGCCUUUGGAUCCUCAUCAGCCCGAUUCAAGUGUGUAUGUACGCGCACAUCCAGACUUCAGUGAAAAGACAAAUGAAAGCCCAUGAUGUCUCUUUAUAUAUAUUUUUUAUAUAUUUAUAAUUGUGCUUUUUCAUGGGCCUUUGUAUUGGCGAGGUCAGGUCACAUCUCCCACAUGCAUGAGGAGAGAAACUCCCAGCGACAGACUGCCUGACUAGGAACUGGAGUUGGAAGAUGCAUGUGGGAGACGUGAACUUGUCUGUCGAACUUUUUUUCAACUUUGUAAGCACAUGCAUCAUAUUGACAUAUGACUUGGGUUCACUGACACGUUAAGGCUUGUCACAUUGCCCCUGAGGAUCACAGACGUGCUCUCGAGGUUGCGUGCUUCAUGAAACUCCUUGGUUAGGUUCGCAGUGUGAUCUGAAGACUGCGGUGUGUGUUGGAUUGAGUUGGAAGAGUAGAAGACAUGUUGUGAUGCCUUUUAAAGCUGUAGUCUGUUUGUUUAAAGAGAAAAGACUUGUACGGUGUCACAAGUUGGAUCACCAGAAUAUUUUAAUUUUCAUAUGUUGGUUGUAUUUCUUUGCACUGUCCCAAAAGUUGUGCGCGUGUGUUGUGUUGCACAUCUGGAUUCACAGUCAUAACUAUGGUUUGCAAUUUCUGUAUAAUGGGACGCAGAUCAGCAUUUCCUCUGUGUUUUGUGUUUUCAUCAGUUUUGUUCAUAUACUAAAAGGCAGUCAUAUUACAGGGGUGGGGUGGGGGGCAUUGGUUAUGGCAAAGAUUUGCUGCGACUGGUACAAGUGUGAAGAUAUAGCUUUUUACAGCGAGCAUUGAAUUUUAACGCAACACAAACUUGAAUAAAACAUUUUGUAUGAUUCAUGUGUGUUGUCACCAGUUGAUUCAAGGUUU